GAACCAAACAAAAAAAAAGAGCCUCUUUUAUCCUACUGCGCGCUCUCUCUUUCUGUCUCUCAAUGCCCACUGCCAAAUUCUCUGCUCAAGGCUCCACUACUGGUGGCAAGACCAGCACUACUGUGAAGAAGCCCAGAACUAGUGCUGCCAAGGCCGGCUUGCAAUUCCCUGUCGCUCGCUUCUACCGCUCCCUGCGCAAGGGCCGUUAUGCUGAGCGUAUCGGUAGCUCUGCGCCCGUCUAUAUUGCUGCCGUCCUUGAGUACCUUAUUGCUGAAAUCGUCGAGCUGGCUGGUAAUGCUGCGCGCGACAACAAACGACAGCGAAUCAAUCCACGUCAUCUCAAGCUGGCUAUCUGGAACGAUGAGGAGUUGAGCAAGCUGCUCCAACACGUCACUAUCUCUGAAGGUGGUGUCCUCCCCAAUAUCCAUGACAUGCUGCUUCCUGCCAAGUCGCGCAAGAAGGAGGGCCAAUCUCAGGAAUUGUAAUCAAGAAAAGACACAUUAUCCCUACUUUCUUCUUUAGUUGUACUCCAGACAACAACUGUCCAUAGCUGCUACGUCAUUGCUUCUUUGACGUUUACCUCUCCCCCCCCACCUUACCCCCUCUUCCCUAUAAAAAGUACCCUCUUCUUAUACCAGACACAGAUGUAUAUACAUAUUGCUGUACUAGCGU